AACGAGGUCAUCCAGAAUCCAGCAACUAUCACUAGGAUACUCCUUAGUCAUUUCAACUGGGAUAAAGAAAAGCUGAUGGAGAGGUACUUUGACGGCAACCUGGAGAAGCUCUUUGCGGAAUGUCACGUAAUUAAUCCCAGUAAAAAGUCUCGGACACGUCAGAUGAACACCAGGUCAUCUGCACAGGACAUGCCUUGUCAGAUAUGCUAUCUGAAUUAUCCUAACUCGUAUUUCACUGGCUUAGAGUGUGGACACAAGUUUUGUAUGCAGUGCUGGAGUGAGUAUUUAACUACCAAAAUAAUGGAGGAAGGCAUGGGACAGACAAUUUCAUGCCCUGCUCAUGGCUGUGAUAUCUUGGUGGAUGACAAUACAGUUAUGCGCCUGAUCACAGACUCAAAAGUUAAAUUAAAGUACCAGCAUUUAAUAACUAAUAGUUUUGUAGAGUGCAAUCGACUGUUAAAAUGGUGUCCUGCCCCCGACUGCCACCAUGUUGUAAAAGUGCAGUACCCUGACGCUAAGCCCGUUCGCUGUAAAUGUGGGCGUCAGUUUUGCUUUAACUGUGGUGAAAACUGGCACGAUCCUGUUAAGUGUAAGUGGUUGAAGAAGUGGAUUAAGAAGUGUGAUGACGACAGUGAAACUUCUAACUGGAUUGCAGCAAACACAAAGGAAUGUCCCAAAUGCCAUGUGACCAUAGAGAAGGAUGGCGGCUGUAAUCACAUGGUGUGUCGGAACCAGAAUUGUAAAGCAGAGUUCUGCUGGGUGUGUCUUGGCCCUUGGGAGCCACAUGGGUCUGCCUGGUACAACUGCAAUCGCUACAAUGAGGAUGACGCAAAGGCAGCCAGGGAUGCACAAGAGCGAUCCAGAGCGGCCCUGCAGAGGUACCUCUUCUACUGCAACCGUUAUAUGAACCACAUGCAGAGCCUGCGCUUCGAGCACAAGCUCUACGCCCAAGUGAAGCAGAAGAUGGAGGAGAUGCAGCAGCACAACAUGUCGUGGAUCGAGGUCCAGUUCCUGAAGAAAGCGGUCGACGUCCUCUGCCAGUGCCGUGCCACACUCAUGUACACAUACGUCUUUGCCUUCUACCUCAAAAAGAAUAAUCAGUCCAUUAUCUUUGAGAAUAAUCAAGCAGAUUUGGAAAACGCUACCGAGGUCCUUUCUGGGUAUCUGGAACGAGAUAUAUCCCAAGAUUCACUGCAAGACAUAAAGCAGAAAGUACAAGAUAAGUACAGAUACUGCGAGAGCCGACGAAGGGUUUUGUUGCAGCACGUGCAUGAAGGCUACGAGAAGGACCUGUGGGAGUAUAUUGAGGACUGAGGCCGGCCUGCAUAAAACAAAAAGAAAACAACAAAAAAAUACCCGAACUCUGAAAACCUUUAACCAUCUAGAGUGCUCAUGCCAUUAAAAAAAAAAAAAAAGCAAAAACACACACAGAAAAGGGCAAGUACGCCUAUUACACCCACUGGUCUCUAGUACCGGAAUUCUGUUUUUCUUCAUGGAGAGAAAAAAAAUUAAGUAAAUUAUAUUGUAAUAAAAAAGGUAGAUAAACCAUUGUACAACAGUAUUCUAGGCGGCCAGUUAAGUGUGACAAACGCACUUAAAAAAGCAAAAUGAAACCCUCCAACUUUAACUUGUAACGUAGCUUCGUUCUCCGAGCUGACUUCUUUCUCUCCCCCUCCCGCCUUUUCUCCUUACGCGUAUGACAGAUGAAAUUGAAAAAACAAACAAACUGUUUCUCGACAACACUGCUUUUCAUGUCCGACCAGCCAUUUUGAUGUACUUUGGUAUGGGAUUUCCACCACCCCCCUCCCUCCCCUGCCCCCCUCCCCCUGAUACGUACCAGUUCAGUUCAUGGGUGAAUGUCGUUUGGCUUAUUGAAAAGAGGAUUUGGGGGGCGGGGAGGGGGCAAGGGGCACAAAAGCAAAAGGGGGACGGGGAACUUUGUAUAUGACUUUUAAAAAAAAAACAAAGAGGACAACACAGUAUUUUUCAAAAUUGUAAAUAGCGCAUAUGCAUGGGCAAAAGAGCAGGCGUGGCACGUGUUUGCAUAAUGUUUAAUUACAAAAAAA